CCUUCAACUCUUUAAUCUGUCUCUUCUACCUAUCUGGUUUAUUCGGUUAUAUAAUUGCUUACAAUCUUUAGAGGAUUCGUUCUCGCAACUUAUAGAUUCGUUUGUGAUAUAGAUGGCAGGAACUGCAGAUACAGACUCGGCAGAUACUGUGCCGAAUCGCGGUAUUGUGGUAUUAUCUGGCGGUAGCGCUGCCAAUAGCCUGGUGGAUGUUUUCAGUGCUGUGCGUGCGAGCAAGCAGUGCCUACUGAGCUACAUCAUCCCCAUAUCUGACAAUGGCGGCUCGUCCUCAGAGCUGAUACGCAUUUUUGGUGGCCCUGGAAUCGGCGAUGUCCGCAGUAGAUUGGUACGCCUGAUUCCAGAGUCGGCACCAAACUCGGAGCGAGCGGCUCUCAAAAGCCUCUUUAACCACCGACUAGACGCAGAUGCAGCAGCCGCUAGGAAUAGCUGGCAGUCUAUUGUCGAUGGCACAUCGCCGCUGUGGACUACCAUUACACCAGCGAAGAAAGAGCUCAUUCGGUCUGUUUUUAACCAUUUGAAUCUUGAGAUUUUGAAAAGAGCGCGGCUUCCAUCAACUACAUUUGACUUUAGUUCUGCAAGUGUCGGGAACUUGUUUCUAACCGGGGCACGGCUCUUUACAGGCAGCUUUGAAAGCGCCAUUUACCUGCUAGGAAGUAUAUGCGGAGUGCCCUCGGAUCUUGUGCGGGUGAUACCAGCUAUCAACUCCAAUUUCUCACAUCACAUCUCCGCAUCGCUCGACGACGGCACUGUCAUUGUCGGCCAGAACAGUAUUUCGCACCCAAGUGACAUCCCAGGCUCGCCACAGUCGGACAGAAGACCCAGUCUGCUUUUAGCAGAUGGGGAUGAUGAAGAGGAUGACGAUUUAUAUACCCAGUACCCGGUCGCUUACGACGAAGAUCAUCUUCCAGGAUCACUACCAAGUCUGAGACACAAGAAUAUCACAUUCAACAAAACCCACACUGAAGAUUUACCAAGUCGCAUAUCUCGUAUUUGGUACAUAAACCCGUACGGCCAGGAAAUCCGUCCACCUGCAAGCCCGAGAGUCAUAGAGGCCAUUAACGACAGUCAAGCCAUUAUAUACAGCAUUGGUUCAUUAUAUACAUCUAUAAUUCCUUCACUCGUCCUCCGUGGCGUCGGAAAAGCAAUCGCUAUGAGUCCCGCACGGCACAAAAUCCUGAUUCUAAACGGCUCGCUGGACCGGGAAACCGGCCCAUCAUCGUGUCCCUUCACGGCAGUCGAUUUCGUCGAAGCCAUUGUCCGGGCAGGGGAAGAAAGCCGUGGAAGGGGGUCACUAGGCGGACAACAACAGCAACGCCGUCAUACAGACACAGUCACAUCGACACUGUCAACCGUAGCUGCGUCUGCGAUACCAAACAUCGUCGAACCCCCGCCAGCAAGAAGAACCCUGCCUUAUACUUCGUAUAUCACGCAUAUCCUUUAUCUCGAGGGCCCAGAAACCCCCGUCGUAGAUCGCGAUAGACUCGCUGCCAUGGGCAUCGAAACGCUCCGUCUUUACGGGCGCAAGGUUGUGUUAGAGGACGGGAAGACGGCUGCUGGGAGUCGAUAUGACCCAAAUGCACUAAUACAGGCUCUGGAGGUUGUGUUAGGUAGGAAAGGGGAUGCAAUGAUACGAGGGGGGAUGGGUGGUGGGGUGAGUCGACGGAAUACUCUGGAAGGUGGUUGGAAGGAUCGGUAGUGAUUUGGCU